UUCACCUCACAAACCACCCAGAACUUUAGCCCCAACACCAUGGUCAACUCCUGUUGUGGCUCAGUCUGCUCUGAGCAGGGCUGUGGCCAGGAGAGCUGCUGCCAGCCCAGCUGCUGCAGGACCACCUGCUGCCGGCCUAGCUGCUGUGUGUCCAGCUGCUGCAGGCCCAGCUGCUGUGUGUCCAGCUGCUGCCGGCCCACCUGCUGUGUGUCCAGCUGCUGCAGGCCCAGCUGCUGUGUGUCCAGCUGCUGCAGGCCCCAGUGCUGCCAGCCAACUUGCUGCAUUUCCAGCUGUUGUAGGCCCAGCUGCUGCAUCUCCAGCUGCUGCAGGCCCCAGUGCUGCCAGCCAACUUGCUGCAUUUUCAGCUGUUGUAGGCCCAGCUGCUGCAUCUCCAGCUGCUGCAGGCCCCAGUGCUGCCAGCCAACUUGCUGCAUUUCCAGCUGUUGUAGGCCCAGCUGCUGCAUCUCCAGCUGCUGCAGGCCCCCGUGCUGCCAGUCUGUGUGCUGCCAGCCCAGCUGCUGCCGCCCCAGCUGCUCUAAUGGUUCUUGCUGCUGAGGCCUCUGACCCCCACACUCCUGUUCCUCAGCAGUCAAAUAGAGGUCACAUGUCAGCUGAUCAUGGGAGACCAGCUGAGAUUGGGUUUGGUCCCUGGAUGCACUCUCUUCUCUACCGAGGCUCAAAUUUCUUUUUUUCAUGAAAGUUUGAACUUUCUCUGAACAUACUUGCUUUCUCUCACAUAGCCUCAAAUGGAAAUAUUCCUACAUUUUAAAUAAAUCUAAAUUUUGCAAGCAUAGAAAUAAAA